AUGGUUUUUGAUAUUGCCACAAGUAUUUAUCAGAGUGAGAGUGGUCUGUAUCCAAGUAAUCGAUUCUAUUACUUGUAUUCUCCAUUUAUUACAAGUAUUUUCCUUCUAGCUUAUGGAUCUUCAUUGAUUUAUGUUUUGUUUCCAUCAAUGAAAUUAUUAAUGGAAAGUUACCGAUUGUUUGUGUAUUGUACAUUGUGUUGUUGUGGAAAAUCACCAAGAGUUAAGGCAUUUAUGAAGAAACAUCAAGAAUAUAGAGAUGAAUAUGAAGGUUCUUGGGAUAAUUUGUCUGAAAAUGGAAGUGUACAAGUUGGAAGAUUACCUUAUUUAGUAACUAAGAGUCAAAAAUCCUUAAAAUCAGUCGAAGGAACAACAUUUGACGAUCUGAGCAUUAAUUUGAAUCAUUCCAGUAUUACAAUUAAUGGAGAAAAUUUACAAAAUUUGGAUGCCAUUCCAGUAGAUGAUUCAAUUUAUUAUGAAAAUCAAAUUGAUUCAUCUCCAAAAACUGAAAAACAAAAAGAACUUUCACAACCACUUCUCUAA